CUACAUCCAGACGCGUCCCUUUGUUUACACAAGAACAAAAAGUAUCCAUAAACUCAAAACUCCAACUUAUCGCCAAAUGUCAUCAUUCCUGUAAUAUGGCCUGCCCUCCACCCUCAGGAAAGGGAAAAGAUACGGUGAAGACGGAGAUGUCAAGUGAGGAAAGAGCGGCAGCCGAUGCUAAACAACGCAGUUUCGAGAGAAGUUUGGCGGGACCUAGUGUUGGCAAGGCUGGUAUCACAAGGGACCAGACAGAAAUCAACAGGAUCAUUGCCGAAGCUUCCAAAGGGUCCAAGUUCUACAAUAACCAAGUGCGGAAAGAUCAAGAGCUCACUGAGAAGAUCGCAUGGUAUCGAAACAAGCGAGAUGAACUCAUGAGAAUGGCUCCUCGUGACCAAUUGGAAGAUGAAGCUGAUCGUAUCCUCAUGGAAGUUGAGGCGACUCGAGAUUUGAGUCAAACGAUCAUUCAUGUUGAUAUGGACGCAUUUUAUGCAUCGGUCGAAGUUCAACGUGAUCCUUCACUGAAAGGGAAGGCUUUUGGAGUAGGUAAAGGGGUGUUGUGCACUGCUUCCUAUGAAGCGAGAAAGUUUGGAGUAAGAUCGGCCAUGGCCGGCUUCAUUGCGAAGAAGCUCUGUCCUCAUAUCAUCUUAACGGAUUUGCACUUCGACCUCUAUACAAAAGCCUCCAAGGCUGUCAAGGAAGUAUUAGUACAAUACGACGAAAAUCUCAUGAUGGCGAGCUUGGAUGAAGGAUAUCUGAACAUAACGCCCUACAUGUCGACCCACAAUAUGACGGCUUCAGAGGUUGUCACAGAAAUAAGGGCUCAGGUGGAAGAGAAAACUUCCUUGACAAUCUCGGCCGGAAUAGCAGCCAAUCGUAUGUUAGCCAAGAUCUGCUCUGACAAAAACAAGCCAAAUGGCCACUUCGAAUUGGCAUUCGACCGAGCUACGAUUGUUCGUUUCAUGCGAGAUUUGCCCGUCAGAAAUAUUCCAGGCUUUGGGAGAGUGACAGAACGUUGUCUUGAAGGACUUGGAAUACAGACUUGCGGCGAUAUUUAUGAGAAGCGGGUGGACCUUCUUCUUAUGGAUCAUUGGUUCGGCUUCCGAGGUUUAUGCCGAGCGUACUUGGGGAUAGCAGACAAUACUGUUGCACCAGGCAGACGGGAAGAGCGAAGAAGUGUUGGUGUGGAAAGAACAUUUCGAGAUAAGACGGAUGAUGAAGAUAUCAUGGCCACUUUGAUCGACAUUGUCGAAGAGCUAGGGAAGGAUCUGGAUCGGUUACAAUAUGCUGGCAAAACCGUUACCGUCAAGUACAAGCUGCAUACGUACGAAAAUAAGACGCGAGCAAAGUCAAUACCCAAAUACAUCUCAUCAGCGACGGAUAUUCUGCCUAUAGCCCAGGAACUGCUGAAGAAGGAAUUGCCUCUUCGGAUACGCUUACUUGGCGUACGGUUAUCAACACUGAAAGAUCUUACUAUUCCUGAUAAAGGCAUCAAAGGAUUUUUCAAGGCGGCCGAAGACAAAGCCAAGACCGGGUCACCAAUCACUGGCCAUACAUUAGAAACAUUAGAACAUAUACCCGAAAUGAUGCGCUUGGAGGCAGAUAACGCGCAAGGGGACAGUUUUGGCGCAGGGGAGGCGAGUGGGUCUGAAGGUAUUGGUGCAGAUGACUUUAAAAUCCUUCCAGCUACCACAAAGAAGCGAAAGAGCCCUUCUCCAACACGUGAUGCCCCUUCUCCAACAGCUGGUCCCAUCUGUCCCAUAUGCGGCCAGGCCCUUGAUGCAGGGACUUCCAACCAGCAACUCAACGAUCACGUUGAUUGGUGUCUCAAUAAGGAUGCCAUCAAGGAGGCUAGCCGAGUUUCGCCAGUGGCCAAGAAAAAGGCUAAAAUUGGAAGGACGAGUGAAAGGACAUCUUCAAACGUCACAGGACCAUCGAAGAAAGAUGGAUCAAAGGGAGAAAAGGGUACAAUUUCAAGCUGGUUGAAGAAGGGUUAACCACAAUAUACUUAGAUAUAGUCUUGUUGUAUCCAUUUUGUACGCAUAUACACAUUUUCUAUUCCUUUUAAACCACAAUUUGUAAGAAGGCAAAAUGUCUUUCCGAAGAUCUUUAUCAAUAAGAUAGAAGCAUGGAACACUCAAGAUAAGUUCAUGUAGAUAGAUGAUGAUUGAGAC